AUGUCUCUCAAGAACGACGCAUUUCCCUCAUCAGCAGCCUUCCAGGCUAUCGACGGUGCCCUCUCCAACGACGCCGAACGCAAAGCCGCCAUCAAGACCGGAGGCGCUGUGUUCUCUUUCAAGUUGACCAACGACAAAGGUGAAGAGGACGCCUGGUACCUUGAUCUUAAAGAGAGCGGAAAGGUCGGCAAGGGAGAGGCUCCGGCUGGGAAGAAGGCUGAUGUAACUCUUGUCUUGACUGACGAGAACUUUGGCAAACUGGUCGCCGGCAAGUCAAAAGCACAAACAUUGUUUAUGAGCGGCAAGCUGAAGAUCAAGGGUAACGUGAUGAAGGCUACCAAGUUGGAACCUAUCCUGGCAAAGGCCAAAACACAGUCGAAGCUAUAA